GCUACUAUUGGUAUUGAUUUCUUGUCAAAAACCAUGUAUUUAGAAGACAAGACAGUUCGUUUGCAAUUAUGGGAUACAGCUGGACAAGAACGUUUCCGUAGUUUGAUUCCUAGUUAUAUUCGCGAUUCAUCUGUUGCUGUGAUUGUAUAUGAUAUUUCAAAUCGUCAAUCUUUUAUGAAUACUUCGAAAUGGAUUGAUGAUGUUCGAGCUGAAAGAGGUGAUGAUGUGAUUAUUGUCCUUGUAGGCAACAAGUCUGAUUUAAGUGACAAAAGAGAAGUCACUGUGGAAGAUGCAGAAAAGAGAUCCAAGGAAUUAAAUGUGAUGUUUAUAGAGACAAGUGCAAAGGCAGGACAUAAUGUCAAGGCUUUGUUUAGAAAGAUUGCUCAAUCUUUACCUGGUAUGGAGGGUGGUCAACAACCAGAACAAAGAGAUGCCAUGCAAAAAAUCAACUUGAAUACAACUGAAACAGAAUCCAGUGGAUGUGCUUGUUAAUAUUCCCCCCCUUCUCUCUCUCCCUUCUUAGAA